UUUCAUACGUAUCAACGAUUGUGUUUUUAGAGUAUUAUUAGACUCUGAAUGAAAUAGUUUUCAUCUGUUUAGUGUUUUACAAUUAUUAUUGGGUAUAAACUACCAUCUAGAGAUGCCUCGCAUGUUUUUAACGUUAGAAGCUGCGUUAGACUAUUUUCAUAGCCUAUCCGAUAGCGAACUCGAUGACACCCAGGAGCCUGAUCUUUGUAUUUUGCCACCUGAUGCAGACGCGAAUCUGAGCGAUGAUGAGCAUAUAAACGACGAAGCCUUAAAUGAAGUUCAUCCACAAGAUGUCUGCGGCAAGAUUGACCUGAUGCUUGACAAAAGCGAUGAAGAUAGAAAUUCAAAUUGUUCAGUUGAUGAGCUUCAUGAUUCAGAAGAUCAAAAGAAAAGCACACCCUCUUGCU